AUGCUUACAAUGAUUCGCUUCCACCCCGUUCACCAUGGUCUUGCGGUAAAGGUUUCCUUUUUCGGAGCGAUGAACAUGCUGGGGCUGGCGAAGCGAGUAAACGCCCGCAUCCUCCAGGCGUCCACUAGCGAGGUGUACGGGGAUGCGCAAGAGAGUCCGCAGACGGAGUCGUACUGGGGUAACGUCAACUGUCACGGCGUGCGAGCUUGCUACGACGAGGGCAAGCGGGUAGCCGAGACCCUCUUCUUCGACUUCCACAGGCAACACAAGAUCGAAGUACGCGUCGCUCGCAUCUUCAACACGUUCGGCCCAGGGAUGCACCCGUACGACGGGCGGGUGGUGAGCAACUUCAUCAUGCAGGCUCUCAGCGGAGAGGACAUCACCAUCUACGGGGACGGCGGCCAGACUCGCUCGUUCUGCUUCGUAGACGACCUGAUCGAGGGGCUCGUGAGGCUCAUGAACAACGACACGGAGAUCGGGCCCAUGAACAUCGGCAACCCGACAGAGUUCACGAUCAAGCAGCUAGCGGAGAUGACCGUCCGCCUCACCAAGUCUCCCAGCAAGAUCAUCUACAAGCCGCUGCCGCAGGACGACCCGAAGCAGCGCCGGCCGGACAUCAGCUUCGCGAAGAGCGCGUUGGAUUGGGAGCCAAACGUGGCCCUCGAGGAGGGCCUGGCCAAAACCAUCGAAUACUUCAGCAAACUGGACAUGAGGAACUUCAAGAAGCCUACCACCCACGACGCGCACAAGAACUCGGAGGCAGAAGAGAAGAGGGCCAAGAACGCCUCGCCGGUUCGCUCCAACGGUAUCUCGGCGGCAACAAAGUAGAAACGGUCCGGUAAAGGCGGUGACUACAUGGAAAAAAGAAAGGCGGCCCUCCCCUCUCUCUUCCUCGGAAGAAGGCGCAGUGUGGAAGGGGACGGAACGGGAAGCUCGCGUGCCUUCUGGUGCUGCUCGCACAAGGCUUGCAGACGGGAAGGUCAAGGAGAACGGGCACGCCAGGCCUGGCCGGUGACGCCAUGUAGCGUGUCAUUUGUUGCAUGCUCGUGCGAAAAAUUCGGAGCAUCAGUGUAGCUCAGCCGUCUGUGUGUGUGCCCGCCCCGCCUUGUCUGGACCCUUGUUUCCUCGGGGAUGGUGUAUCCCCCCGUAGCUGCGUGUUGGUUGUGCGCGGCCGCGGUUUCGGCAAGAAAGGCGUGUUUUGACCGAGGGGGGCCUUUGAAAGCACCGUUGCCAUCGUGCGGGCUUGAAGGAUGCAAGCAAGUCUGGUGUCCUUGUCAAGGUGGGACGCUCGGGUUCCGAAGAUGAUCAUCAAAUGCUGUCUGUAGCCAUAGGCUUGAUGCUUUCUGUUUUUGUUGUUCAGAAUGUUGCGCACUUACGUGGUUGGCGGUGGAGUUGGUCUUACUCCGAGAAGUUUGUCAAGAAUCGUUCGCUUGCGAACGUGAGAAAACAAGAGCGCAAUAUAAACCGCCUAGACGAUUGUUUUCAGUCAUGCAGUGAACUGAUACAUGACAAAAAUUUGUCGUGUUUUGUGCCUGAGAUGUGUUGCUUUUCUUUGGUCCAACAAGCUAUGGCAGUCCUGCAGAGGAUACUCACUCCAGCUUGAGCGUUCUAGUCUCCUUCACGAGCGCGGAAAGAAACAGGAAUGGUGCAUUCAUUCUGAAAAUGGCGAGUAAUGCCAAUUUCAAGACGAGCAGGGCGUCGGGGUAAAUGCCGCCCAUACCCAUGUAUAUUGAUAGUCGCGUAAGAGGGGCGGUCCUCAUGGCAUUGUUGAGGCAAGGGUGUCGCCACCAAGCGUUUGUAGGAAAUCGAGAACCCACAGGGUUUUGGCGGUUACAACUUGAUCUUUGGGUCAGCUGCACUCGCUCUCUCUCGCAGCUUCUGCUUCCCUUGUAACACUAGGAACGGUUUGAUUUCUUGCACGAAUGAACCAUUUACCGGGU